CUCCUCUCGCUGCUGCCGGCGCUCCGCUGGUUUUUAAUGAGCUCUUUAAUGUGUCCCUGUGCUUCAAACAUCUCACCUCGUUAACUGGGGGGAAAUAUUUGUCGUCUCUCUUUUCCCAAACUUUUCAGAAGAGACACCUCACUGCAGAGCUAUUAAACCACUGAAAAAAAUGACAGAAAGUUGCGGGCAGGAGCAGACAAGGUGGAUAACGACGGUCAUUAUGAGCACAGCUCUGCAGGAUCAUGAAAUUUCUACAGUUCUGCAGAGACAACACCACCGAGUUCGAUUUUCAGAAUCAGUGGAAACUGGAUCUGUGAUUUUUCCUCUUUCUGGCAUUGCAUUUAUUCUGUCAGACACUCAAGACUUGCUCAGGACAGGGGAAGAAGAGUUUUCCAAAAGAAUUCAGAAGUUCAUAAACAUCCAUCGGAACAGCUUUUUGGUUUUGUCAGCUGCUCUUCAUGGACCAGAAGAAUGGAGUGCCAUGUUCAGGAUUCAGAGAAGAUUCCUGGGCAGCAAUUUACGUGUAAUACCAGUUCAUAAUCCUGCUGAAACUGUUAAAUUAAUGUUAACUAUGGCUAAGGUAACUUCCAAGCCACAAGCAGACGAUACUCGCUGCAAAAUAGAAAUGACAAAAGCCCAGAUAAUAGAAAAAAGUCCAGUUUGGAAGAUGCUUCAGGAGUACCAAUCGCACCAUAAUUAACUUAAUAUUUGUUUUUUUAUUCAUAAAUAGAGUGGCUACAUUUUAAACAAAAUAUAGAAAGUUCUUAAAAAUAUAGUUACUUUUCAAAAGACUACAUACAACAUAUGCAUUUGGCAUGAAAAUUCAUAUUAAAUAGCUAUACAAUGAAAAAUAGCAUACUUGAUACCAAAUGUACUUUUUAGAGAGGGAAAAAAAAGUGGUUUAGCUGCACAAUAGGAAAGUCAUCCUUAUUUUUAACUUGGUUCUGACCUUAGGGGCUAAUCUGUUUAUUAAUAAAAUUCCCCCAAAAAUUUACUAUGUUAUAAGGAAAGCUGUAUAAUUAAAGAUAAGGAUGAUCAAAACAAUUCAAAAAUACAGGUAUCCUUAAAAACAGCAGCUGUAUGCAUGCAACCUUACACUGUUUUUUAAACAUAAGUGUUAUCUGUUAUGUUACUAAGUUCUAACAUGUUAUUUGGCUCAAAGUUGAUGUGUUUUUCUUCAAAUCUGGUUUCCUUUGCCACAGUAUUUUUACUAUCUAUAGAUAGUAUAUUCUAUAGUGUUAGCUAUCUGUACCUUACAGUCCUGUCUGCAAAUAGAGAAGCUUGUUUGUCAACAUUAAAAUGUGCUAAUAAAAAUAUCUUUUGCUUAAA